AUGAACACGCUAAGCUGGCCUCUCCCUCACCCCCGGCUUGUGGUCAGCGUUUCCUCUUAAAAAAUAGUUUAAAUCGACGGAAAUUAGGUGGCCCUAUCUUUCCCCUUUCAACUUUUAUUUCUAACUGCAGUUAGAGUUACUCUGCCUUUUUUUUUUUAAUUUUCUGAGACUCGGUGGACGGAUGGACUGGAGAUUGCUUUUGGUUGAUGGAGAAAAUCCCGAGAACGAAAUCGAUUGGAGAAUCUCGGAUUUUCCGUGCAUUGGGACAUGACUCGUACUUUAUCUCCACCAAUGGCCAACAGUUUCGCGUUUGUUUUUUUCUUGACGAUUUUUACUGUGGAAUUAGGGUUUCUGUUCCAAAAUUAAUUCAUCGCCCCACUCUUCUGGUGAACUCUGGGAACGAGCGGUGGUCUCUGGAUUGUAGGUGCGGAAAACGACGAAUUUUGACAGAGGAUGAUAUUGCUUCUGAAUUUACGGUUGGGGCUACAGUUGAGGUUUUGGGGAUUCCCUUAUCCUUUAUUUGGUUGCUUGUCUGGUGAACCAGGGUCUUGUGUCUCCAGCUUAGGUGUUUCCCUGAAUUCCAAUGCAUUUAUGGGCGAAUUAGGCACCUGCUGUGAAUUCAUCGUGACCACCCUCUGAUGAUGGUGUGGAAGUUUGUAGUUGAAUUUGGAGAAGAUGCGAGGCGUUAGAUGUUCGCUUGGAUCCUGGAGAGUUUGAGGCGAUUCAUUCACAGGUUCACUAGCUUUUUCUGGUUUUGAUGGUGAUGGGUGAGUGGUGGGGUUCCUAGAGAGGGAUAGAGAUAGAGAGAGAGAGGGAGGGAGAGAGGAGGUGGAGAUGUCUAGUUCGAAUAGGGGAUCAUGCUCCAGGAGCAGUUCAUCACGGUCUAAACACAGCGCUAGGGUGGUAGCUCAGACGACCAUGGAUGCAAAGCUUCACGGCGAUUUCGAGGAAGCGGAGAAGCUCUUCGAUUACUCCAACUCAAUUGAUGCUAACAUGUUGAGUGCUGCUGGCGGCAGCAUUCCUUCUUCUGCAGUGAGUUUAUACCUUCAACGGAUGCAGCGGGGAAGGCUGAUCCAGCCAUUCGGGUGUAUAAUUGCUGUUAAUGAACAUACUUUCUCGAUCUUGGCAUACAGCGAAAACGCUCCUGAGAUGCUGGAUUUAGCUCCCCAUGCGGUUCCAAGCAUAGAGCAGAAAGAUGCCAUUACAAUUGGCAUGGAUGCUCGGACUUUGUUCCGACCCUCGAGCUCUGCGGCAUUGCAGAAAGCUGCUAAUUUUAGUGAGAUUAAUCUCUUGAAUCCUUUGCUGGUGCAUUGUAGGAAUUCUGGAAAACCAUUCUAUGCCAUACUUCACAGGAUAGAUGUUGGUUUGGUGAUCGAUCUGGAGCCAGUUAACCCAACCGACGUACCUGUGACGGCGGCCGGAGCAUUGAAAUCAUAUAAGCUCGCAGCUAAGGCAAUCUCCAGAUUGCAGGCAUUGCCUAGUGGUAAUAUAGGCCUGCUCUGCCAGGUUCUUGUUCGUGAAGUAAGCGAAUUAACUGGCUACGAUAGAGUGAUGGCAUAUAAGUUUCAUGAAGACCAGCAUGGUGAGGUUAUAGCCGAGUGCAAGAAACCUGAUUUGGAACCUUAUCUGGGUUUGCACUAUCCAGCCACAGACAUUCCUCAGGCCUCAAGGUUUCUAUUUAUGAAGAACAAGGUUAGGAUGAUUUGCGAUUGUACCGCACCUUCUGUUAAAGUGAUACAAAACGAGAAACUAGGGCAGCCAUUGAGUUUGUGUGGGUCUACACUCAGAGCUCCUCAUGGGUGUCACGCCCAAUAUAUGGCCAAUAUGGGAUCGAUUGCCUCGCUUGUGAUGUCGGUCGUGAUAAAUGAUAAUGAUGAUGAGCCUGCGAAUGACAAUUCUCAGAAGGGUAGGAAACUCUGGGGCUUGGUGGUUUGCCAUCAUACAACGCCGAGGUUCAUUCCAUUUCCUUUGAGAUAUGCAUGUGAGUUCCUAAUUCAGGUUUUUGCGGUGCAACUGAACAAAGAGGUUGAGUUAGCAGCUCAGCUUAGGGAGAAACAUAUUCUGCGGACGCAAACUGUGCUGUGUGACAUGCUGCUUAGGGAUGCACCGGUUGGAAUUGUUACUCAAUCACCAAACAUCAUGGACCUUGUCAAGUGUGAUGGCGCGGCCCUAUAUUACGGAAAACAGUUCUGGCUUAUCGGGACAACUCCAACAGAAGCUCAGAUUAGGGAUAUCGUAUGUUGGCUUAAUGAUUGUCAUGGUGGUUCUACAGGUUUGAGCACAGAUAGCCUCAUGGAGGCAGGGUACCGAGGAGCAUUAGCACUUGGAGAUGCUGUUUGUGGCAUGGCUGCUGUUAAAAUAACUUCCAGAGACUUCCUCUUCUGGUUUAGGUCGCAUACUGCAAAGGAGAUAAAGUGGGGCGGUGCUAAACAUGAUCCUGUUGACAAGGAUGAGGGUACGAGAAUGCAUCCAAGGUCUUCAUUUAAAGCUUUUCUUGAGGUUGUUAAGCGAAGGAGCCUUCCCUGGGAAGAUAUUGAGAUGGACGCCAUUCACUCCUUGCAGCUUAUACUGAGAGGAUCAUUGCAAGAAGGCGCUCAGUCUAGCCCCAAGGCCCCUGAUGUCCAAUUGGAUGUUGCCAAGGCUCGAGGAAGAGAUGAACUACGGAUAGUUGCCAAUGAAAUGGUCCGUCUCAUAGAAACGGCAGGUGUGCCCAUUUUUGCUGUUGAUUCUUUUGGAAAGCUCAACGGGUGGAACAUGAAGGCUGCUGAAUUGACAGGAUUGGCUGUGGAGGAAGCCAUUGGUUUGCUAUUGAUUGACCUUGUUGAGGAGGACUCAGUUGAGGUUGUGAAAAGAACGCUUCUAUUGGCACUGGAAGGUAAAGAAGAAAAAAAUGUUGAAAUUAAGCUUAAAACAUUUGGGAAUUUGGAGGAAAAUGGGCCUGUCAUCUUAGUGAUGAAUGCAUGUUCGAGCAGGGAUCUAAAGGACAAUGUUGUAGGGGUUUGCUUUGUUGCACAAGAUGUGACCAGUCAGAAGGUUUUAAUGGAUAACUUCACCCGUAUUCAAGGAGACUAUGUCGCAAUUGUACAUAACCCAAAUGCUUUAAUUCCUCCAUUAUUUAUAAUGGAUGCAUUUGGCUGUUGCUCUGAGUGGAAUUCGGCGAUGGAAAAAUUAUCUGGGCUGAAGAGAAAGGAUGUAAUUGGCAAAGUGCUUGUUGGAGAGGUAUUCUCCCUGAGUGGCAUUGGUUGUCAGAUCAAGGAUCAUAACGCACUGACAAAGCUCAGAAUAGUAUUGAAUAGUGUGAUGGCAGGUCAGGAUACUGAUAAGUUGCUAUUUGGAUUUUUUGACCAGCGUGGGAAAUAUGUGGAAGCAUUGCUUUCCACAAACAAAAGAAUUGAUGCAGAGGGUAGAAUUGAUGGUGUACUUUGUUUUCUGCGUGUAGCAUGCCCAGAACUCCAACAUGCCUUGCAGGUGCAGCAAGUUUCAGAACAAGCUGCUAACAAUAGACUCAAGGAGUUGGCAUAUGUUCGACAGGAACUAAGAAACCCACUUAAUGGGAUAAUGUUUACCCAUAAACUGAUGGAGAAUUCAACUUUAACUAAAGAGCAGAAUCAACUUCUCAGGACGAAUGUGCUCUGUCAACAACAGUUGGCUAAAAUCUUGGAUGACAUGGAUUUAGAAAGCAUUGAGGAGUGUUAUUUAGAGUUGAACUCGGUGAAGUUUAACUUGGGAGAGGUUCUAGUAGCAGUUACAAGUCAGGGAAUGAUUCUAAGCAGAGAACGGCAAGUUCGUCUUCUUCAUGAUUGGCCAUCUGAAGUGUCAUCCAUGUACUUGUAUGGUGAUAACUUAAGGCUUCAGCAAGUGCUUGCAGACUUCCUACUUAAUGCGCUGCAGUUUUCCCAAUCAUCAGAUGGACCAGUUAUGUUUAAGGUUAUCUCAAGAAAAAGGCCUAUUGGCACUGAUGUGCAAGUUAUCAGUCUAGAUUUCAGAAUUGUUCAUUCAGCACCAGGAAUCCCAGAAGCUCUCAUUCAAGAGAUGUUCCGCCACAGUCAAGGGAUCUCUAAGGAAGGGUUAAGCCUCCAUAUCAGCCAAAAGCUUGUAAAGGUUAUGAAUGGCACUGUACAGUAUCUUAGAGAAGCAGAAAGGUCAUCCUUCAUCAUUCUUGUGGAGUUUCCUUUAGCUUAUUAUGGCAAACCUGGGGAACAAACUGAGCAUAAGGUCGACCCAAGAUCUUCAAUAAGGUGAUCUGUAGGCUUAAAAACCAGAUCUUGACAUAAAAAAGCACAAACCCAUAAGUACAUGUAAAGAAGGUUUUUUGGCUUCUGUAUAGUUUGUGUUGAGCCAUUGGCAAUUUUGAAUAACUGCCAUGACAGUGUUGAGACAGUGUACUAUUGACAAAUGGAGGGUAAGGAGGAAGACUGGUUGAAGUGAGGGAUAAGAUAUAGGAAGAAUGCAACCUUCACAUUGUCAUGGCUUUCUUGAUUCACUUGCCUUUGUACAUGGUGCUUCAAAUGAAAAAUUUGUUGUCUUUUGUGCUUCAUACAGCAAAAAGAAUGCUUACAGUUCUCAGUGCAGCAAUGGGUUCAGCCUUUCAUUUCACAGGAAGAAAUACGAAAUGAGAGACUUCAUGCAUACUUUGCAGUUACAACCUUGAUUUCACGCCUCACCAGAAAUAUUAUCCCACGCUAUAAUAAGCACUGCCAUUUGAGCGCAAAUAUGAUGUUUGCAUGUUUAGGUGUUGGACUAUCAUAACCAAUGGCAUGAAGUUUGGACCCCAAAGGGUUAACUCCCUAACUUUCAAGCAGAGGUGAACACUACCAGUUCAUCAUUCUAUUUUUCUCAUAGCAAAUCUGAAUGCCAGAGCAGUGCCAGAGAAUGGCGCUUAGAGGGGUUUAAACAUGUGGAUAACUCACCUGCACCAGUUUCAAUAUUUCAGCGAUUGCGUUUCUUCUAUUUAUAUCCUGUUCAUACUUACUAUUCUUUUCUUCUGUCUGGAGUCUCUUGAAAUUGUAGGGUAACAAAUCAUGCUCUCAUAAAAGGAUGAUUAUGCACUUAAAGCUAGAGGCUCCUAAUUGCAAGUUCAUUUACUAUUUUUCUGAUUUAGCGAACAAAUGGUUAGUUAAAGAACAAUAGCAGAAUGCCAGAAACAACAGUGGGUGAACAGGACUACUCAUUAUGGACAGCAAAUAUAUUCAGAAGAAGAAGUGAAUGGAAACAAAGUGGAUCAAAAGAAACUAUUGUGCCGUAGAUGGAGGCUGUUAACAGGCCAAUUAUGAAGGGUACUUAACCAGUCUAAAGCUCAUCUGAAUGUUAAUGCCUUUUGAUUUUCCAGCUUAUACAUAUGAAGAUCAAUUAUCAUAUUUCAAGCCACUGUUCUUUGGUUAGAGUUUAUACUUUAUUGACAAUCAUAACAUGACUUCUUCUGAUUUUGUUAUUUAACUGAAGCUCAUCUGAAUGUUAAUGCCUUUUGAAUUUUGUUAAACACUAUCAGUUUGCAUUUUCUGUAUUA